GGUUAAAGUUAGGUAAGGGUUAAAGUUAGGUAAGGGUUAACGUUAGGUAAGGGUUAAAGUUAGGAAUUAAGGGUUAAAGUUAGGAAUUAAGGGUUAGAGGUUAAGGGCGUCCCAAGGAUUCCGGAAUGCUCCUGCCAGUGUUUAGUGCCACGAGCCAAACAACUUGACAGAGAUAGUGUGCUAAGUUUGUCCCCGCUGGCUUCCCAUCAAACUACCAGACUGACGGCUUUGUUUCAUUGAUAAACUAAAAAGAUAGUUGUAUUAGGUCGAGACGCCUGGAAUAGGUUUGCGAGACGUAUCGGAGACUAUGGCGAACAUGAAAGGAUAACUGCGGAUAAAGUGUCUGGAAAAUAAGGAACUUCGACAGAAUCUCAAAGUUUAUACUUCACUGUCAUGUUUAUUGUUGAAUGCGCGAACAAACGAUAUUCGGGACUGUGGGCUGCGGAUACAGGGUUUUGCUGUACUGAUACUGCUGUGGGCAGCACUGAGGACAAUGAGGCUGUGACUGGCCUCCUGCAGCCAUGACAGAGCUGGAGAUUGAUCAGUCCCACCUGCCACGGGUCCAGGAAGUGUGCCAUGUUUUUGCUGUCCUAGAGGAUGGAGCGUUGGCACACAACCUACAGGAACAGGAAAUUGAGCAGUACUACACUACCAACAUGCAGAAGAACCAGCUGGUGCAGAAUGAUAUCCGCAUUGCCAAGAGGCUGCAGAAUGAGGAGGAGGAACAGAGAGCUCAACACGGAGCCCUCCUAAGCCAGGCAUCUAGACAACUUCAGGAGGAGGACUCUGAGUACGCCAGGAUGAUCCAGGAGGAGAUCUUGAGAUGUGCUGAUGAGGAGGCUCAGAGAAGGGAGCAGGAGGACGAGGAAAUGGCUAAACGCAUCCAGGAAGAGGAGGGGCUGAGGGUCAGACAGAGGAGUAGGCAGGAGAGCCUCAGUGACGACAGUGCCAGCGUCCCUGCCUCGCCUUGCCCACACCAGCCUGCUCUCAGCACCAGCCCCAUACAUGGAGAAGAGCUGCACCAUCAGACUGCUACCAGCAGGUGGCAGUGUUCUAUCUCUAACACACAGCCACAGUCAGACUCUACAGCUGCGCGUCUGUCUGAGCCCUACAGGACAGCAGGACAGAAUAAAAGAACUCUAUCAUCACGUGAUAGACAAAUGGAUCCCCCUAGACGCAUCAGAAACGACCUCCAAUGCCCUCCACCUGACUAUCUGAGUGAUGAAGGCUCAGAGCACACAGACACUGUUUUCCCUGAACACCUCCCUCCAUCCCGGCCGUGUAGACAGGAGAAACGUCUCAACACUGCCCCUAGUGGUUCCAUGACUCCUGUGCACCAGCCACAAGAGAGAAGCAGCGGGAGUCUCAGCCGCCACAACCGCUUCAGAGAGGACCAUGGCAAGGUUUGGGAGAGGGGCAGAGUAGAGAGGGAAGAAAGGGGGAGUCUGCAGGACAGGGAUAUGAUUUGGGACAUGAAUCCCAGGGUAGCUCGUGAUGUGGGUUAUGACAGGGACCCCAGGUCAGAGGAUGGCAGGGAGCGGCACUACAGAGGAAGAACUAGUGACCCUGCUAGAGGGGUGCAGGAUAGAGACCGAUAUGAGGUCAGAAGGAGCUGGACCCACAGAGAGACCAGCGACAAGAAACAAGUCCGCUUCCAGGACGACACCAGCAGACGCUGUCAUAGUUACCAUGGCGACAGCAGGCGGGCAGGAAAUGUCUGGGAGCUGAUUGCCCAUGACUUAAGAGAGCGGGGUGUGGCCUUGAGGCAAAGCUUCAACGGGGGGUCACGGUCACAGCGGGCAAGGGGUAGGGGCAGAGACAGCCAGGUGCAUGAUGGGGGAAAUACCAUCGCCUGUAACAACUCUCGACCACAGAGGGCUUUUCAAAUGGCCAUCUGCAACAGGCCCAGUUACCAUGGAGAUGUCAGGGAAAGGAGUGCCUCACAAAGAGAAAGCCUCUGUCACCGUGGUCAUGAGGGGGGGAGAGAAAAAAUCCAUGAAAACCUGACCAUAGAGGAGGCUAGUGGGGCUGAGGUCUAUGAUGAACACUGUAGAAAUGAUAGGCUGUUCAGCAGAGAGAGAGAGGGGAGGAGUAGUGGAGACCCCAGAUACAAGGUCAGCUCAGGUGGGGACAAGGAGAGGGAGGAGGGCAGGGGCGACAGGCACUACCAUAGCCAGCGCAGGGUGAGGAGUGAACACCAGCUUGAGGAGGAGGAUAAGAAGUACCACUCCGAGGAGGAGGAGAGACCCCCACCCUCACAGAAAGUCUCCCAGCGCAGCGAAAGCUUCUGCAGCAGAGGGCCCUCCAUCAGGGCCAGAUCCAAGCACACCCACAGAGCAGGAGCCGCACUGCAGCCGGAGAAAGGGGCAUGUCUGGACCUGGGGGAGCUGCAGCAGGUGCUGCUGGAUGAGGAGCUGGCCAGGAGGCUGCAGGAGGAGGAGAAGCUGCUGAGGAGGAGCCCUCCAGCCCGUCCCUCCCACUAUCAACGCGAUUCCUAUCCAGCGGGAGACUUCAGAGUGGCACAAGUGGCCCAGGAUGAGGAAAUCGCCCGCUUCAUGCAGAAGCAGGAAAUGAAGUCAAAGCGUCGUUCACGUGACCUUGAUGGCCCGGGGUCACAGCGUGAACCGCAUGACCUGGUUGACCCCUAUGACAGGAGAACUGCCAGAGAGAGACUGAUCCAGCGGGAGAGACUGGGCUCAGAUGACCUUCCAUCUCCUACUGAAGACUGCUCUCCAGACUAUCAGGCCCCUAGACCCACAACCCAAUCACAACAGCCAAUCAGAAUCAGAAACAUUGCAGAGGAACUGGACCCAACUUUCAAGGCCAGUAGACAAGGCAAGGAGGGCAUCAGAGCAGGACCGACAAUCUCUGGCACAUCCUCCUGCCAGUCUCAUCCCACUCCUCACUCUGGCUUACAUGAUUUUAUGGAGGAGCCAACGUUCAUCCCGCCCACCAAGAGGCAAAGCGACAAAUCUGUACGCGCCAAAUCCAAAGAGAAGAAGGAGAACUGUAAGCAGCAGUGAUGUCAGUCUGAGACCAUGGGCCCGGGAGUAUAACCACACACCCCUCACAUUACUUUACCUGACUGCAAGAGGAUUUAAAGAAUUAUAUUUAGUUAUCCCAACUAGCACUUUAACCAGUUAAAAAAUGUUUAAAAAAAAAAAUUCAAAAAGGAUUUUGUUUUUGUUAAAAGGACUGGUCCAGAUACUUUAUUUUCACGUUUUAAGUAGUGAGUGCAUACAUUUUUGUACUUUUUCUUACUGGCUUCAUAUAACUCAAUAAUAUUCAAAGGGAAGAAUUAUACACUGAACAAAAAUAUAAACGCAACGUGAAGUGUUGGUUUCAUGAGCUGAAAUAAAAGAUCCCAGAAAUGUUCCAUACGCACAAAAAGCGUAUUUCUCUCAAAUGUUGUGCACACAUUUGUUUACAUCCCUGUUAAUGAGCAUUUUAUCCUUUGCCAAGAUAAUCCAUCCAACUGACAGGCUUGGCAUAUCAAGAGGCUGAUUAAACAGCAUGGUGCUGAAGAGUAUUUCUGUGUGUAAUAAAGCCCUUUUGUGGGGAAAAACUCAUUCUGAUUGGCUGUGCCUGGCUCCCCAGUGGGUGGCCCCACCCAUGGAUGCACCCCUGCCCAGUCAUGUAAAAUCUAUAGAUUAGGGCCUAAUGAAUUUAUUUCAGUUGACUGAUUUCCCUAUAUGAACUGUAACUCAGGAGAAUAUUUGAAAUGGUGGCAUUUAUAUCUUUGUUCAGUGUAGUUGGCCUUGCCUAUUCAUAUUUGCCUUCUGUGUUGAUGAGAGAAUGUUAAUGAGAGAAUGUUAAUAUCAAUCAGUUUGUUUUAUU